AUGAGUAGAUCUGAACAAGAACAACAUGUACUGGGCUCUCAGACAGUUAGUGUUGAGGAAUUACCGUCUGUUCUGCAGCUUCGGGCAAACGAAACUGAAAUACAACAUGAGAGACAACCUACACCGGCAAGGUCAAGGGUAAGGUGGGAACAAGGUACAGUAGACAAUGAAAAUCUCAAUAGAAAGAAGACCAAAAUCUGCUGUAUCUUCCAUCCGCAGGAAGAACUAGAUGAAAACGAACAACACAGCGAUCAUGAACCAUCCUCUUCUUCAUCUUCGUCGUCAUCAUCAUCAGAUUCUGAUAAUGACAAGGAUUUGGGCUUCGAGGAAAGAAGGAGGAGAAGAAUCGAAAGACGUCAUCGUAAAUUACAAAAGAAAAGGUCAUCUAGCCCUAAUGCAUAUGAGGUGCAGCCUGACUAUUCAAACCAUAGAAGAAAUACCCAGGGUAAUUAA